AUGAAAGUGAAAAAUUUGCUGAUUUGUGAUUAUAAAGAGUGUUCAACGCCGAACAUUUCACGUCUUAGCGGCACAUCCGCCAUGGAUCCAAAAUAUAUUCCUGGCGUAAAAAGUGAGGGCAUUCCGCUGCAGCCGCAACCGUCAACUAGUAUCAGUACUUCAGCUGUUUCUACAGCCACUUAUCGAGAUUUCUUUGUACCAUCCGCUGGUACUACCGCAUAUCAGCAUCCAAUGCACAGUUUCUUUUCAGGAUUCGAAUUUCCUCGACCAUCAAUAACUAGUCAACAACCGGAACUAAUGCAAUCAUCAUUUGCAACUCCGGGAUUUCCUACACCAUCUUUUGUUGAUCCAACACAUUCACAACCACCGCCAGCUCAUCAACGAAUUGACCAGUCAACGACUGCAUUUCAAUUUCCAUAUGCUACUGUAGUGCCAACAGCGAUAGCUUCCGAAAAUCAUCGAGUUAAUCAGCAAUCCUUAAGAAAUGGUCCAUCGAGUUUGCAAGCUAUUCCUGCUGUCAAUGAAUCAUUAUCAUCCGAUAAACUUUGCGCUGUUUGCAACGAUCGUGCUGUAUGUCAACAUUAUGGAGCUCGUACCUGUGAAGGAUGUAAAGGGUUUUUCAAGCGAACAGUUCAAAAAAAAGCACAAUAUGUAUGUACAGGCAAUAAAAAUUGUACCAUUGAUAAGCGAUUUCGUAGUCGAUGCCAAUACUGUCGUUUUCAGAAAUGCAUUGCAGUUGGUAUGGUUAAAGAAGUGGUUCGAUACGGUAGCUUAUCGGGGCGACGAGGUCGUUUACCGUCAAAAACAAAAGUGCAACAUUCAGACGACCCACCCAGUCCACCGCUACCACUGCUAACACUUAUCAAUAAAGCAUAUGUGGAAUCGAAAACAAUUCCUACACCAACGUUAUAUAAUGGUGGCACAGAGCAAUUAUUGUCAGCAAUGGAUGAAGAAUUUCGUUUUAUGCUACUUUUCGUGGAAAAAAUACCAAAUUCAACGGAGAUCUCUCAAAAUGAUAUUACUAAAUUAAUUGAAUGCAAUUUUUUUGCAUUAUUGGCACUAAAACUUUGCUAUGGAUGGACUGAAGGUAAUAGCUUGCAUAUGGAACAAAUUGAAGUGGAUAUAGCAGCAGUACCACAACCGUUGAAAUUACUUUUUACUUUAAUACAAGAAGAAGCAAAACGAUUUCAACAUCUAAUACAAUGGGAUCCACCAUCUUUUUCAGCUUUACUUGCUUUACAAUUUCUCAAUACAAAAGAAUGUGGUGCUGAGUUACUUAGCUCAGAUGCAGCGGUUGAUAAAUUACGUGGUACCAUCACAAGUGCAUUGAAAGAUCACUGUUGCAAUUCGUCACCACCACACACCAAAAAGCUACAAACAAUCAUUGCCCAAAUCGAAAUGUUCACCCGAUUUCAACGAAUUGGACAAGAAACUCUAUCACUUGCUGUUUCAUCUGGUGUACAAUUACCGCCUUUAAUGUCCGGUGCUGUACAAACCACCCAACGAUUUCCUGGUCCGUCAAAAUUGGACUUCACGGAAUUUUCAUUCUGUCCUUAA